AGUUUCAUUUCCACAUAAUUUGCAGGACUUUUCGGGAAGGCGUGGUCAUCCGCUUAUUCCUGGCGCAACUGUGUGAUUUAUUCCAUCAGAUGUGACUUUUCCAUCCUGAUCACAGGGAGUCAAAGAAUGCCUUCUGCCGCUGCAGCAAAGCUUGAGAAGCAUCUGUCUUCUGAAGCGCUUGAUCCAUUCAAACAGUGCGCGAUCUUUUGUGAGAAGAAGGUCCGGAACUUGGAGAAACGAAAGGGGAAACUCGACGCUUACCGAGAAAGCUCAAAUGCAGGCAAGGAACUCAACGAAGAUCAGAAGGCUGCCGUUUCGAAGUAUGGGGAAGUUGAGGCAUCGUUGGAGUUGAUGAAAGAAGUCUCUAAGCAGAUAAAUAGUAUUCAUGCGGACAGCAUCAAACAACAAAAAAAGCAGGCCCGCCGAGAAAUCGUGGAAAGAAGUCAAGCGGACAUUCAACGAUGCAAAACUGUGCUAAUCUUCCAGGAGAUCUUCUUGAACUUGGAGGAUGAAGUGGCACGUAAUGACUUCUUAGCUGGGAACAACAAGGCCUGUAAAAUAACCGCGGAGCAGCUUACAAUAAUUGAUGAGCUUUACCGUUUGCUGUCACCAGUUCGCGACCAAGAAACUGCUGGGAAAUAUCAUACUCUUGUGGCUGCUGCUGCAGAACAUUGGCAUGAUCUUCUAGAAGGGAAGCAAAAGGAGUUUGCUGGCAUUACCUAUGCUGCUGCUAAGGAGUUACUCUUUGCUAUCAACGAAAGCGGUUAUUUUGAUCAACCUCGGGACGCACCUCAGGUGGAAACGAACGGCGACGCUCAUGAUUAUGGGAAGGAUGUAGUGGAGGGAGCGAACGGUGGAUCUCUGGACGUUUGUACUGUGGAAGACGAACGAACAUACGCUGUUGAUACAAAUGCGCAUUCUAUUGAGUCAACUCCGGAACCUGUGCAUGCAUCUCCGUCGCCUCAGCCUGUGCCUCCUCCACACACUCACGACCUGCAUCCCCCUCCCGAGACGAUCGAAGAUUCUCUUUUCAGCGCCGCUGCCCCGUACAACCAGCAACUGAUGGACGGCAUAGCUGGAAACAUCACAUUCAUCCAUGAUUCCGAGAUUGGUUUGGGUGCAGAGAGUCAGAUCAGCGCGCACCUUCAAGCUCCUGUGAUGCAGCCAAAGAUGGAAGUCGGUGUUCCCACCAUGCUUCCAAAUCAACCCUCACCUGUUAUAACUCCGCCUAUCCCGACGCAGACGUUUACGAACCAGAACUUCUCGACUGCGUACAAGACGAAUUCCGUUUACCAUUCUGCGUCUCCGGUUCCCCCUGGUAUGGACACGAUGCCGAAUCCUCCCCCUCCGAUCCCGAUGCCUCCGUCUGCUGGUAACCUCGAUCAACGGGCACUUUCUCUUGGACCUCAUCAUCCUCCUGGCUUCAAUCAGGCAUCCUACCAUCCUGCAGCCCGUGAUGCCUGGGUACAGCACGAGAAGCAGCCUGCAAUCGAACAAUGGCAAGCCAGUCCUGCCCAGACUCAGCCUGUUCCCGCGCCUCAGGUGAUCCCAGAGGUUGUCCCAACUACGACUGGAUCACCGCCUGUGAAGGAGCACCAUGCUGCGUCAGGUGAUGGAUGGAAUGAUUCAAUGGAUACUGGUGGGAAAUGGCAACAAACCUCUCCAGAAAUACCACCCCAACAACAACAACAACAACCAACGCUGCCUGCUCAACCACCCGCAGAUCCCCCCAAUGCGUGGUCGAAACCUGUAGGCUGCUGGAACGUACCUUCCCAACGCCAACCAACCUCUCAGUCACAACGCAAAGAAUUAGAUGAUGACUGGGGAAAUUGGGAGGAUCGUAAUUCUACGCGGAAAACGGACUGGGCGGAAGAAUCUGAGAAUGCUGACGCUGGACCACCUAUUGGAACUUUCGGACAAGAUGCGAAAGAGAAAGAGAGCCUAGCCAAUCAAGCUCGGCAGAAUCGCUCUGGUGGUGGUGGAAAUGGAGGCGGAGGCUACGGAAAUCGUUACGGAAACGGAAACCGGUCGCGUGGUGGACCGGGUGGAUCUAGACGUGGCACUUCACCAAAUCGUUACGGUGGACAAAGAGGUGGUCGAGGUGGAUACUACGGCGGGGACGGGUAUUAUCAAGGAAACGGUUAUCGUGGGGGACGUGAUGGAAACGCUGGAGGACAGAGGGGCUUGCGUGGUAGCGGUCGAGGCGGCGGUGGAUUGGGCUCGCGUGGAGGAGGUGGCGGAAUGAGUCGGAGACCUGAAAAUCAAGCCUAGCUUCUCCAACAGUUGCGGGAACGUCCCUGGCUGUACAAAAGUUGGAUUCGGCGUUCGAGGAGGUUCUUUGAUCCGACACAAAUCUGUUCUGUUAGCAUUGCUGCUUCUCGCCCGCCUUCUUCCAUGGGAUGAGAAAAAGACGAAAAUUCUUCGGCUAUGCGUAGAUUUUCUUUGUUUACUUCCGAUCUUCGAUUUGAGUUGAUGCGAAACUUGGAUGAAAGGCAUUUUUGUUGCUCUGGAUCGGCUUUGAUUCCUCAAGUUCCAGCCAAGUUUCCUCUUGCGGUGCGUUGGCAGAGCGCUCGGUAUUCUUCUAAUGUUCGCGUCAGUUGUUUUCCGACUCGCUUUGAGCGCGUGAUCGGGAUUUUGCGGGGAUUCCGCGUUGCUUGCGGACUUUAGUGGCUGGAUGGAGGUGCAUGAUUUUUCACUUCUGUUCUUCGUCGGUUGCGCGCCCGCAAUUUCCAUUGGGAAAUGCUCCCUAGGAGUCGGAAGCCAGAUCGGGGGACUGAAAUUUUGAGAGGUGGCGAAACCAGAGGAUCCGAAUAAAUCGUCUCGAUUUUUCAUCGCCUUGCGGAGGAA